UAAAUAUAAAAUGGUAAUGUAUCGAUCUCAGUACUGGAAAUGAUUGCAAAGAUUCAUCAAACAAUUUAAUUGUUUCCGCAAUUACAUAGAACUUAUAAAUUAACAUAUAAAAGAAUAUUUUAUAGGCUUAUUAAUAAUAUUAAUUUACAUUAUCAGGAACAAAAGAUGGAGUAACUGAAAUUCAUUAGAUAAUCGUAUAAAUGGUUGAUUAUGCCGUUGCUCCUGUUAAAUCUACUGUUUCUAUUAAUAAUACUUAAAAUACAAUAAAUUUAAAUUAAUAAAUAUUCAUUAAAUUUGAUUUUGAAGAAGAUGUAAAUGUUGAUGAUUUAAUAAUUACAGGAGUUAUAUUAUAUAAGAAUUAAUAAGUAAGUAUAAUGUAAAUAAAUUACAGCUAAUUAAGAUUUAAAAUUUGGGAGUUUUUCUUUGACUUUUAAAAUUAAAAUUAAUUUGAAUUAAAAUUUUCAGUUAGAAAUCGAAAUUAUAUAAUACCAACAUUAAUUUCUUAUUUUUUAUAUGCAAACAUCCCUCCCAAAGAUUGUAUUUUUGACUAAUCUGUAAAUUUUGAAGUUAGAAACUUGUAAGACAAAUUAACUCUUUCAAUAAAUGAAUGUAUUGAUAAUGAUUUACCUUUAACUUAUUCUUUCUAUUUUUAUAAAAAUUAAGAAGAUUAUAAUAAUGAAUUACUAAAUGCAUAAAUAAUUAAUAGGCAUUUAUUAGCUGAUUUCUCACCAAAUAAUAAUAUUGAAACUGUUUUACCUUUUGGUGUAUCCUUAAUUAUGGGAGUAAUAUAAGAUUCAAAAGGAGGAAUAAGAAAUAUAACUUAAUAAAUUACAGUAAGUCAAUAUAGUUAAGAUAGUUCUUCAUAUUACAUGUUUAUAAAUAAUUGGCUUACUUAAACUUAAAAUAAUAAUUUAAAUGAAAAUAAAAUUAUUUAUUUUAAUAUGAUUACUAAUGAUCUUAUUAAUCAU